AUGGUGGGAGGAAUGCCAAAUCUCUACACCUUCCCGGACACAGACACUCUUGCAAAGCAUCUCCGGAAAUAUGUCCUGCAGUCCCAGAACACGGCCAUCAACAGACAUGGCGUCUUUCGCGUAGCCGUCUCUGGCGGCUCUCUCCCCGCAGUCCUCGCCAAGGCCCUUCUCGCCUCCAGCGAUGGCACCGACGACGACACGCCGCGAUUUUCCACCUGGGAAAUCUUCUUCGCCGACGAACGGGUGGUCCCCCUCCACCACGAAGAGAGCAAUUACCACCUCGUCAAAACAGAGCUGAUCAAUAAGAUCCCCGCAAAGCUGGGGAGGCCGAAAGUCCACCCCAUCGACGUCGCGCAUAUCGACGACGAUGAUCCGCAGGAAGUGGCAGACCGGUACCAGGAGGAACUGAUGCACUCCUUCGCUGCAAAGGAUAGCGUCAAAUUGCCUGUUUUCGACCUCUUGUUGCUUGGCUGCGGUCCGGAUGGACACACGUGCAGUCUCUUCCCUGGCCACGAACUGCUCCGCGAAUCAGUUGCAUGGGUUGCGCCCAUUUCGGAUUCACCGAAGCCCCCGCCCAAGCGCAUUACGCUCACGCUGCCUGUUGUUACCCACGGGUUGAGGAUCGCGUUUGUGGCGAUGGGUGCGGGGAAGAAGGAGAUCCUGAGACAGAUCUUUGACACGGAGGAAGGGAGGAGCCUUCCCUGUGCGCUGGUCAAUGCGGGCGGUGCGGAGAAAGUGAGUUGGUUUACGGAUAGCAGUGCUGUGGAAGGGGUUUCGUUUCCUUUAAAGGAGCAUCUAUGA